AUGAAUCGGUUGAGUGUUCUCAUUUUACAUCUCAUUUUGGUGUCGCUUCGUGUCGAAGCAGACACAGAAAUCAAUCCGGAGAAUCCUUCGCGGAGAAAGCCAAAUUAUAAAGCAAGCCUUAUUGUUGUUCUAGGAGUUUUAGCUAUUUUGCUUGCGACUGUGAUGAGCUUUCUUCUUCUUGCAUUCGUAAAAUUCUGCUACAGAAGAGAGUCUGCUGAUAGAAAUCCGCCGCAGAAUAACACGGGGCUAAUUAGCUCAACCAACAGAUUUUCAGGCAUAGACAGGACAGUCAUUGAGUCACUUCCUUUCUUCAGAUUCUCCUCUCUGAAGGGUUCCAAGGAAGGGCUGGAAUGUGUAGUCUGUCUAUCGAAAUUCGAAGAUGUCGAAGUUCUUCGAAUGCUUCCAAAAUGCAAACAUGCCUUUCACAUUAACUGCAUUGAUCAUUGGCUUGAGAAGCACUCUAGUUGUCCUCUUUGCAGGCAAAAAGUGAGCUCUGAGGAUUUGAAACUGAUCACUUAUUCAAAUAGUAUGAGAUUCUUGUGGAACAAGCAAUCAGAGCUGAGAGAAGACACAAACAACAUGGAGUUGUUUGUCGAAAUAGAAGAAAGCCAUAGAGGGUCUUCAAGAUUCAGCAAAGGAAGCAGCUUUGGGCAGAUUCAUGAAAAGGGUCAUAGUAAAGAAGAGGAAUUGUUGACCCGAAAAGAAACAGAAGCAGAUCAGAAAGUUUUCCAUAUGCACAACCACAAAAUUAUUGAAUCGGAUUUUGUCUUUAAUAACAGGUGGAGCAAUUUGAGUUCUUCUGACCUCACGUUCUUGAACUCCGAGAUGCUCAACGACAUGUCAAGCAGUCAAUUCUUUUCGACGGAUCGGAGCAACAACAUGCUGUCCACUAGAAGAUCCAAAGAGAGUGAGGAUAUCAUGAUGAAGAUUAAGGAAGAAAUGGAGUUUAGAAAGUCGUUUCAGAGCAAUGGUGGAAUAACAAGCACUUCGAUGGCAAGGCAAGUACUUCAAGUCACACAUCAAGGUCUGUUGAAUUCUGGUGAACGAAGAUCGGUCUCGGAAAUUAUUGCUUUUUCAAGAUAUGGAGAUUUGGUUGUGAAGAAUAGGUUUAGAGAGUCAUCUUUGUUUGAAAACAAUGUGAAAGAGGAAAGAAUACGAAGAGUUUGGCUGCCUAUUGCAAGAAGAACAGUUCAAUGGCUUGCCAAUAGACAGAAAAGCUCUCAAUUGUCAUAG